CUGACUAAGUACUUCCGGGGAGUGAUCAAAACAACUUCCGGUUAACAAUUUCUGGCGGGUAGUUAGAAAUGUGAGCUAAAAACUCUCCAAACCAGAGAGAAUGGCCGCUGAAAGGAGUCGUCCACCGCCCGUUAAAGUGUUAUCCGGUCAGCUGCGAGCGGCGGGGAACGGAGGCGAGGCAAACGGCGGGGAGGGCUGCGUCAUCAGGGCGGGUAGAAAGGGCAGUUUGCGGGUGUCGCUGGUGUGGAUGCAGGGGACCGUGGUGGAGGUUCAGCUGGACACGAACAGUGUGUUGCUGAUGGAUGAGACCGGAACCUUUACUGUCCAGGGCGUCGACAGUGUUCCUCAAGGAAAACCGUGUCUGGCUAAAGGGAAGUACGUCAUGGUGAUGGGUCUCAUCCAGACCGUCUCCCCGGAGCCGAUCAUCCGUGCCGUGAAGAUGGCCGACCUGUCUGAGCUGGCCGUCCUUCACAGACGGAUGUGGAAGCUGGAGGUGGAGGACCUGCAGCAGGUGCUGGCCUGAGCUGGACUCAUCACAACCCCCCCCCCCCCCCCCCCCCCCAAAAGAAAAAGACUCAACUAAGGAGACGCAUCUUUUUGUGAGAAGUUCUUGCUGAAUGUAAAUAAAAACCGUGUUCUUUUACUCAGUAAAGCAGUUAAUAAAACACCAGUUUCAGUAGAUUAAAAAAAAGCUUUAUUUGGUAGUGCCCAUUACACUGGUAACACUGUUAGAUAAAUGGAAAGUGUUAAGUGACCUAUAUUGGCUGAUUAAAACAAAAAGAUCAACCGAACUCUCAAUUUAAGUAACCCAUACUUAAAACUGGAAAGUUCAUUAACAAACUGUUUUGUCAAAAGAAAAAUCGGGUUUUUAGGUCAACUCGUUAAAACUUCGAUCAAGUUUAAACAUGCUAUGUUUGUCGUUGUUUUCAGCUGUUCUACUGAAUGAUGACUAGCAAAGACUGAAGUGUUGCACACUGUACAUUUGCUAAUAACACUCUGUAGUUCAGGUCAGAGAAACAGCCAGCAGUGAGAAGGUCGACCCCGAUCGUUCCCCUUCCAAAA